AUGGCGCUGGCACUGCACUCGCAGGAUGCUGAGGGGAAAGCCGCACCUCUGGUGUACGCUGUCCCUGCUGCGGGGGUGGAGACAUGGCCUGGGCCCGGCCCCUGCCUCGCUCUGACCGUCUUCUCUCCUCCCUGCAGCUCCAUGUCCACCCCCUGGCCGGGCUGCUCCCUCGGAAGCCAUGCGUGGAUACUUAUAGCCAUGUUCCAGCUCGCCGUGGAUUUCCCCGCCUGCGAGUCCCUGGGCCCCGGCCCCGAGUUCCGGCUCCUGCCGCGCCCGUCGCCCCGGCCGCCCCGGUUGUGGAGUUUUAAGAGUGGACAGCCAGCGCGGGCCCCGGCCCCCGUGUGGAGCCCCCGGCCGCCCCGAGUGGAGCGGAUUCACGGGCAGAUGCAGACUCCGAGGGCCAAGCGGGCCCACAGGCCCAGGGACCAGGUGGCCGCGCUGGUGCCCAAAGCGGGGCUCUCCAAGCCCCCAGCUGCAGCCAAAUCCAGCCCCUCCCUGGCCUCCCCCUCCUCGUCCUCGCCCCCCGUGGCCGGUGGGGCCACGGAACAGCAGGCCCUGCUGAGGAGGGGGAGGAGGCACCUGCAGGGGGACGGUCUCGGCGGCUUCGACUUCAGAGGCGGCCGGCCCACGACGGAGGCCGAGUUCAUCGCCUGGGGGCCCACGGGGGACGAGGAGGGCCUGGAGUCCAACACCUUUCCGGGCGUUUACGGCCCCACCACGGUCUCCGUCUUACAGACGCGGAAGACAACCGUGGCCGCCACCACCACCACCACCACGGCCACCCCAACGACGCUGCAGACUAAGGGGCUCACCGAGUCCCUGGACCCCCGGAGAAGGAUCCCGGUCGGGGCUAGCACAACAGAGCCUUCCACCAGUCCCAGCGGCGAUGGGCAGAGCGUCAAGCCCCCCCGGAUCCUGGGGGAGACCUCAGGUACGGCCACCUCUUUUCUGGUGGGAGUCUGCUUGGGGUUGGGGGCGGGGGGCCUGGCUGGGGGAUGCCGAGAUGCUCCGGGGGCGACACUGCAUAUGGAAGCUCGGAGCGAGGCGGGCGUUAUGUGUGCGUGGACUUGCACGUGCAUGCGUGCGUUGUGCUGGCAAGCACAGGCUGUGCCCGGGGCAGGGAGAGCUUCCCUUGGCGUCCACGUAGAAGUGGCGGGCGCUGUACCCACCACUGGGGACCGGCCGAGCCCCCCGGGCACAGGGCUACGUCUUCCAGCGCUGCAGAACAUCGCCUGCCGGGGCGGCCCAGGAGCAAGAUGUGGGCAGGUCUCAUGGUGGAGAUGA